AUGGCCGGCGCACUCACCGGUCGCACCAAGCCGACCAAGGUCAAGAAGCUGCAGCGCGCCCAGAAGCGCAAACGCAGCGACGUCGACGUAGAAAAACUCCAGCAAGCCGUCGACGAGCUCGAUCCCAGGAACAAUGAAUACAAGAGCUUCACCGACCUCCCGCUCUCCGAGCCCACCAAGGCAGGCCUCAAGGCAUGCCACUUCGCCGCAAUGACCGACAUCCAGGCCCGCGCCAUCCCUCUGGCCCUCCAGGGCGCCGACAUCCUAGGCGCUGCGAGAACCGGCAGUGGAAAGACCCUCGCCUUCGUCAUCCCCGUUCUCGAGAACCUGUACCGCGUGCAGUGCAUUGGCGCCGACGCUGGCCUUGGUGCCAUGAUCAUCUCUCCCACCCGCGAGCUCGCCAUCCAGAUUUUCGAGGUGCUGUACAACGUCGGCAAGAAGGGGCAUAUGUUCGCCGCUGGCCUGGUCAUUGGCGGAAAGAGCUUGCAGGAGGAGAGGGACGCGCUGGUGCGCAUGAACAUCGUCGUCUGCACCCCCGGCCGCAUGCUGCAGCACCUGUCGCAGACGGUGGGCUUCAACGUGGAUAAUCUGCAGACGCUGGUGCUGGACGAAGCCGAUCGUAUUCUGGACAUGGGCUUCCAGCGCGACCUCGACGCCAUCAUCGACUACCUGCCCAAGCAGAGGCAGACGCUGCUGUUCAGCGCGACUCAGACGAAGAAGGUUUCCGACUUGGCCAGGCUGAGCUUGAAAGAUCCCGAGUACAUCUCCGUCCACGAGGCGGCCGAGACGGCGACACCAAAGUCGCUGCAGCAGAAUUACACUGUCACGCCCCUGUCGGAGAAGCUGGACACCCUGUGGAGCUUCAUCCAGGCCAGUAAGAAGUCGAAGAUCAUUGUCUUUCUCUCGUCCGGAAAGCAGGUGCGCUUUGUGUACGAGGGCUUCCGUCACAUGCAGCCUGGUAUUCCUUUGCUCCAUCUUCACGGCCGCCAAAAGCAGACAGCACGCUUGGAAAUCACGCAGAAGUUCUCGGCAGCCAAGGCGUCCUGCCUUUUCGCGACAGACGUGGCAGCGCGUGGUCUGGAUUUCCCCGCGGUAGACUGGGUUGUCCAGGUCGAUUGCCCCGAAGACGCCGACACGUACAUCCACCGCGUUGGUCGAACGGCGCGCUAUGAGCGUGAAGGGCGUGCCGUGCUCUUCCUGGAUCCCAGUGAAGAAGAGGGCAUGUUGAAGCGUCUGGAGGCAAAGAAAAUCCCCAUUGAGCGCAUCAAUGUGCGUACAAAGAAGCAGCAGAGCAUCAAGAACCAGCUGCAGAACAUGUGCUUCAAGGAUGCACAGCUCAAGUACCUUGGACAGAAGGCCUUCAUCUCUUACGUCAAGUCGAUACACGUCCAGAAGGACAAGGAAGUUUUCAAGCUCCAGAAUCUUCCUCUGGAGGAUUACGCAGCGAGUCUGGGUCUGCCCGGUGCACCUCGCAUCAAGUUCAUGAAGGGUGACAACGCGAAGGAGCGCAAGAACGCGCCCCGACACGGUCUUUCGUCAUCCGAAGGUGAGAGCAGUGACGAGGAAGGCGAGAAGAAGAAAUCCAAGAAGGAAAAGGAGGUCCGCACCAAAUACGACCGCAUGUUCGAGCGUAAGAACCAAGACGUUCUUUCCGAGCACUACACCAAGCUCGUCCGGGACGAGAACGACGAAGACGACAAGGUCGCCAAUCCCGACGAGUCGGAUGAUGACUUCAUGGCCGUCAAGCGCCGCAUUACCGCUGGCCAGGAGAUUUCCGAUGACGAGGACGGCGCGGACGUCUUGGGUGCAGAAGGAAAGAGGCUUGUCAACGUGCCCGGCGCUAAGGAGCCCAUUCUCAUUGAUAGCAAACGCCGCGAGAAGGAGCUCAAGAGCAAGAAGAAGCUGCUCAAAUACAAGGACAAGGGCCACAGAGUCGUCUUCGACGACGAGGGCAACGCGCACGAGCUCUACGAGAUGGAAGACGAGCACGCGUUCAAGGCGAAGGGGAGCGCGGAGCAGCAACGGCAGCGCUUCCUUGAGGAAGAGAAGCGGCGCGCCGAGGAGGCCGACGUGUUGGAUCGGGAGACGGCGAGGGAGAAGAAGACGGCGAAGAAGAUCAAGAGGAAGGAGAGGGAGAGGGCGGAGAGACUGGGCCACGACUUGGAUGGCAGCGACGAUGAGGAUGGCGGUGUGCAGUUGGGUGGCGGUGUGGAUCGCGACGCCUUCAACGAUUUCAAGAGCUUCUUGGCGGAUACGGCGGGAGACAGAAGUGACGGGGACGAGGAGGAGGCCAGGGAUGAGGAUGAGGAGAGGCCAGCGAAGAAGCGGCCGAAGAAGUGGUUCGAGGAUGAAAGCAGCGGCGAUGAAGAUAGUGAGGGUGGGAAGAAGAAGAGCAAGAAGGGCAAGAGGAGGGCGAAGAAGCUUCAGGACGAGCCCGAGACUCUGGAGGAUCUGGAGGCACUGGCUGCUGGCGUUUUGGGGUAG